AUGUCUAGCCAAGCUUUCCUUCAGUCGCUCUUUCGGACACCCACACUCUUUUCCACUGUCUCUCAUUUGAUUCCUGGAGGGCUCGCCAAGAUGAAGUCCCUCGUGGUCGGAGCUAUGCUCUUGCACACCAUGAACGCGCAAGGGUUAGCCGGUGUACCAGCUGCAGCCGCAGCUCCUGCUGCCGCUCUUCCUGCAGUUCUUCCUGCCGUGGGUGUGCCAGUCGCACCCCUCAACGCACCCGCUGUCAACGCGCCAGCACCGCUCAUUACUCCAGGUAUUGACGCCCCGUCCGAGGCCGACCUUCUCGGUCUCCUUCCAUCCAUCGCCUUACCGCCCAUCCUGGGGCCGAGUCGCAAGCUUCCAACGGGUACUGCAGAUGUCAUCGUCGACCAGCCUACAUCUGCAGUUCCUUUUGGUGCUGAAAGUACUCCUGGGCCUGGCAUCAGUUUUGGUCCAAACGGUUGGAGCGUUCCAAAUGCUGACGUGGCUUCAGCAAACAUUGCUGCUCCGAGUCCGUUACUGGCUCGCCCAUCAGUUCCAGCUGCCCUUGCCAACGCUGUUGCAGCGAUUGCAAGCCCGCUCGCGCCCCUGAGGUCUCUGAUCCCAGCUAUUCCCAUUCGUCCGACAGGAUCGCCCGCUCAGCCACUUCCUGCAGCCGUUUCGGCCAUCAUCAACAAUCUACCCAAGCCUUCACCUGCUACUGGAGGCUUCGGUAUCUUUGCCGUUGGCGACCCUGCCGAUGCAGCUCCCGUUGACGCGACUCCUGUCGAUGCAGCUCCUGUCGAUGCAGCUCCUGCUGAUGCAGCUCCCGUUGACGCGACUCCUGUCGAUGCAGCUCCUGUCGACGCAGCUCCUGCUGAUGCAGCUCCCGUUGACGCGACUCCUGUCGAUGCAGCUCCUGUCGACGCAGCUCCUGUCGACGCAGCUCCUGCGGCUCCUGUCGAUGCAGCUCCUGCGGCUCCUGUCGAUGCAGCUCCUGCGGCUCCUGUCGAUGCAGCUCCUGUCGAUGCAGCUCCUGUCGAUGCGAGCCCCAUCAAUGCCGCUCCAGGAGAGACUGCAUCCGUCGUCGAUGCCAACCCUGUCCAGGCCACCCCAUCUGUCGACCCGUCUGCCGCCCCGCUCCCUGUAGGCGCAGCACUGCCGAUCGGUACCAACCCGUACGUCGGCCCGUAUGACCCUAACAGCAUCUACGACCCGUACAGCCCCUACUUUGACCCUAAUAGCAUCUACGACCCGAACAGCCCCUACUACGACCCUUACGCCGCUCCCUCUGGCUGGGAGGGUCAAGACCAUGGCAUCUACGAUGGCGAGGAUGACUCCUAUUAUGGCAGCAAGCGCCCCGUCCAUAACAACGAUCCCUCAUACGGCGGCGAUGACGAAGAAGAGUGCCCUGCCUGGUGCAUUGAGGAUGACUCCUACCCUUCGUACCCAACAUCGACCCCCGGUUAUGACUACAGUCCUUACAAGCCCACCCCCACCCCGAAAUAUCCUGAAUAUACACCGGUUGCGGACCCAUACCAGCAGUAUGAGCCGACUCCCGAGUACAGUCCUUACCCAGCCCCAACUUACGCGGAGGACUACCCAAUUCCUACACCCGAUUAUGAGCCCUACGCUCAGGAGUCAGCAUACUACCCUGAGCCAAAGGACAACAGUUACCCACAACCGAAGAAGGUCCGCGCUGUCCGCCGUCAGGCCCCCAAUUACCCCCAGCCCAUUUACUCGAAUGAUGACGACUAUGAUGGCGAAGAUGGUUCUAUUCCUGAUUGGCUCUACGACAUUAGCGGUGCCCCCAAGAGGCCUCUACCUACCCCCAAGCCGAAGCCUAAGUGCCCGAAGAGCUGCUACAAGCCGAAGACUUCAACCUACGAGUACGACUACACUACGAAGCCUGAAGACUACGCCACGAAGCCUGACAGACCCACGUACACCAUGACCCGCAAGGGAGGUUACAAUACCACUAAGGAGGCUUACUACCCCGCAACCACCGAUGACAGUUACGACUCGACUCCUACCGAUGACAGUUACUACUCGACUCCUACUGAUGACAGUUACUACUCGACUCCUACUGAUGAUGGUUACUACCCCGACGAGACCACCGAGGCUCCUUACCCCGGCUACACGCCGAGUGGUUGGUACUCCCAGGACAACACCAGCACUCCUCUGUGGCCCACAAGCAUUCCUGAUGAGCCGACAUCCAUUCCUGACGAGCCCACCUCGGUCCCUGACGAGCCGACGUCUACCCCUGAUGAGCCGACGUCUGUCCCUGAUGAGCCGACGUCUGUCCCUGAUGAGCCGACUUCUGUCCCCGCCGAGCCAACUUACGCGCCUGCUGAGCCUACCACUCUCGUGACUCAGUACCUGCCCCAGCCAUACCCCGAGCAGACUGGCGGCGCUGGAUCGGACCCUGGUAGCCCCGCGGGCGACUACACUGGCGACAGCCUCGACACGCUUUGCCCCAACGUCUGCAACCCGUUCAAUCCCGCCGAGAACUUCUGCGACAUCACGACUGGCUGCACGACGACGGGAGGCAGCAAGUACUACUGCGCGUGCCGUGCUGGUUUCAGGGCCGACAACUACAACGCCAAGGACUUCUCCAAGCAGUUCAGGGUGGCGGGUCAGCCUUACGUGUACCUCUCUGUCAGCACUUCGUGCAACACUGCUUGCAGCGACAGCACGUGCAGUGAGGUCUUGGAGCGUUCGCAGUGCAAGUAA